AUGGACGAAAAAUCCGAUGCUUCCGAUUGGUAUUUUACAGGAAAAAUAAUUUUAAUGAAAGACAAUUUCCAAGAAAUAAAAAGAUCGAGAGUUGGUAGAGGAGGAACUGAUCUACUAAAAAAGAUCAAUGAAUACGAAGGCGAAAAUUGUUACAUACCUACAGAUGGUCAUUGUUUUAUCAAAUGCGUCAAUCGUGUUUUAAACGAAGACUACACGAGAGAAUUUCAAGAAUACAUCAACGGGUUUUCAAAAGCAAAUAGAAAAGGAGUGAUGACUUGUGCUAGAAUGAAGGAAUUCAACAAGAAAUUCAACACUUCGUUUCAAAUUUAUAAUCCCAAAAACAGACAUUUUCAUCCCAGAGACGUUCACGAUGAAUUAGAUUGGGUUUUUUACUUACACAACUCGCAUUUCUGUCUGAUUAGAAGAAGCCAAAAAAGUUUGGGAAUUCAGGAAAUAGAAGACAAUUACGAACAGGUGUGGAAAACGUGUAGAGACGAUAACGCAGUAACACAGGUUUCACCCCUCAAACUAAACGUGCUUUCAAGUAUGAGCGAUGAUGCGUUAUUCGCUUGGGAUUGCGAAACGUAUUCAGAAAAAGACACGCGAAGAGCAAUUCCUUAUGCCUGCACCUUAAUUAAUUUAGAAAAACUAAGAAAAAAGUUAGAAACAAUAAAAAAUAUCUUUCCAAAUAUAAAUCCUACUGAUAAUGUUCCAGAAGAAUUUUAUGAUAAACUAAUGAAUGUAGUAGAACUAUUUGUAGAGUCUGGCAAGUUUUUGAAACCGACCAUUAGAUAUCUCACUGGUUUGACGGUGUUGGUGAUUGGCCACGUGGUGGAUUCUCCCGUUAAAGUCAUGCUACCUACCGUGUUACGACGAAGAAAAGAAAUUUCGAUGUCUUUGGUUAAAGAGUUGAAUAUUCUCGUUUCCACUUCUACGGAAGGAGUGAUUACCGGUAUGUGA